AAGAUUUUUUCACCAUAACGGCGAAGCUGAGGGAGGGAAGCUAGAGAUUCUCUCGCCGGAAGUUGACGUUCUCUCGCCGGAACAUAAUCGGAGUUAUCAGUGAUAUGCCGUAUCUAGUUCGUGAGAAUCUGUUUAUCGGCGAUAUAGCUAGCGCAGCCGAUGUUCUUCAGAACGGUAGUAAUGAAAUCACUCGCAUACUUUCAGUCGUGAGUUCAGCGUCGAUAUCGUUUUUCUCAGAUUGGCGUAGCAAUAUCUCAAUCAACGCGAAGGAGAUAUGUAAGGUUUCUGUCAGAGAUUUCGAAUCUGAUGAUAGUUAUGGCGGUGAAAGUGAUGAUAGAAGAACUUCUUUAUCACCUGAUAAGCUCCUUUAUGCAAUGGAGUAUGCUGGAAAGGAUUUGAAGUGUUUGAGAAUGGCAGUUCCAUUGAGAGAUACAGAGAAUCAAAAUUUGUUGGAUUAUUUGAAUGUAUGCUUGGAUUUCAUUGAAAAAAGUAGAAAUGAAGGUUCUGUUCUUAUUCAUUGCUUUGCAGGUGUAUCAAGAAGUGCAGCGAUCAUGACAGCAUACCUUAUGAGGACUGAACAGUUAUCUCAAGAAGAUGCAUUGGAAUCCUUAAGGGAAAGCUGUGAAUUUGUGUGCCCUAAUGAUGGAUUCUUGGAUCAGCUGAAAAUGUUUGAAGUAAUGGGUUUUAAGGUUGAUCAUUCUAGUAUUAUAUACAAACGAUUCCGGUUGAAAGUACUAGGCGAUUCCUACAACAGAGGAGAGGUAAUAGACAGUUCAAAAUUUGCGGCAGAUCCUGGGAUAUUAUUGCCCAAGGCAAAUGUGUCUGCUCCUUCUGAGAUAGAAUCAUCAUCAUUAUCCUUAGUAGACAGGAAAUUUUAUCGAUGCAAAAAGUGUCAUAGACUUGUUGCUUUGCAAGAGAAUGCUUUGGACCACGUUCCUGGAGAGGGUGAGAACUCGUUUGGAUGGCGUAGGAGAAGACAUGCCUGUCAUUUGAGCAAACCGGAGGAGUUUGAGUGUUCAUCCAUCUUUGUGGAGCCACUGCGUUGGAUGAAAUUAGUUGAAGAAGGUGCGUUGGAGGGGAAACUGUUCUGCAAUAACUGCGAGGGUCGUUUGGGUUGCUUCAAUUGGUCGGGAAUCCAGUGUAGCUGUGGUAGCUGGAUAAAACCGGCCUUUCAACUCCACAAGAGUAAAUUGGACAUUAGUAGAGUCUGAUAUUAUUUGAUGUUUGUUGGUUAAAAAAGGCAGCAAUGAAGUGCUGAAAUAGUGAUGAAAUAUAUAGAUUUUGAGAAAAUGCAUAUCCAUGUAUAUGCAUUAUAAUAUAGACAGGUGAGAGUGGAUUGAGGAUUAUGGGAAUUUUUUCAUUUGUAUUUUUUAGAGAUAUCAUAUCAAUCCAUAUUCUUACUUGGUCAUAAUUGUUCUUUUACCAGGAUGAUU